UCACACACGGAGAGGAAUAAAGGAGGAGAGAGGGACAAGAUCUGAGCCCAAAGGCUUGACAAGCGCACACCAUUCUCAACCGUUCCAAGGUUUUUUCUAGGAGCAUCAGGAAUAUUUUAACACUCUUGGGAUUUUAGUGCUGCCCUCCGUUUUAUGGGGGGGUUAUGCAUUCCAUUUUUGAACUGCAUAUUUCAGGAUGAGAAUGUGUGACAUGAAAAGUGUGAAAGUGCGCGUGUAUCACUAGUUCCCACGGAGCGGAUACGAUGAGCGUCGGCGAUGCAGCACAGCUCAGGAAUGCGCGACGACACCACGGAGCGCAACGCGAGUUUCUCACUCAACAAAAGCGGAAACCACUCAUGGGCUGACUUCCAGGAGUUCUCCGAGAGGAGCGACUUGGUGAGCGAUGGCUCAGCCGUGCUGCGCAUCCUCAUCUCUACUAUUUACUCGGUGGUGUGCGCGCUCGGGCUGGUCGGCAACCUACUCGUGUUGCACCUCAUGAAGUCUAAACACGCGUGGAAAAAGUCGUCCAUUAACCUGUUCGUGACCGGACUCGCAGUGACCGACUUCCAGUUCGUGCUCACGCUGCCGUUCUGGGCGGUGGAGAACGCGCUGGAUUUUACGUGGCCUUUCGGCAGAGCGAUGUGUAAGAUCGUGUCGUUUGUCACAGCGACCAGUAUGUACGCCAGCGUGUUUUUCCUGACCGCCAUGAGUGUGGCGAGGUACCGCUCCGUGGCGUCGGCGCUGAAAAGCGGACGCAGGCGCAAGCGUCCGUCUGCGCGCUGCGUCAGCGCCGUGAUCUGGGCUUCGGCAGUCGUGGCCGCGUUGCCGCAUGCCAUUUUCUCCACCACAGCCACCGUGUCCAACGAGGACCUCUGCUUGGUCAAGUUCCCCGACCGCAACGGCGACGCGCAGUUCUGGCUCGGCCUUUAUCACGCCCAGAAGGUAUUACUUGGUUUCCUGGUGCCUUUUGGGAUCAUCUCAGCGUGCUACCUGCUGCUGCUGCGCUUCGUUACGCACAAGCGCGCCAACGCGUCCGGUGCCAGGAGACGCUCCAAAGUGACCAAAUCCGUAACAAUUGUGGUGCUCUGCUUCUUCUUGUGCUGGCUCCCCAACCAGGCUCUGACCACCUGGGGCAUUCUAAUUAAGCUCAACGCCGUGCACUUCAGCUACGAGUACUACACCGCGCAGGUUUACGUGUUCCCCGUGACCGUGUGCCUCGCGCACUCCAACAGCUGCCUCAACCCACUGCUUUAUUGUCUCAUGAGGAGAGAGUUCAGGAAGGCGCUCAAGGAACUCUUCUGGCAGAUCGCCUCACCGUCCUUUACCAAUACGCGACCUUUCACUGGAUGCAGUAAGCCAGAGCAUGAGAAACAGGCGCGCUCUGUGGUGCCACUCAGCACCCCCGAUCCGGCCCUCGCCUUCUACCCUCCAGGGGUUGUGGUGUAUAGCGGCAGAAAUGACCUUUUGCCGAACAGCACGUAGACUGUAGGCAACAUUGUUUUCCUGGAAGAUAUUUUAGUCAUUAUUACUGGCUGAUUAAACAGCAGA